AUGAUCUCUGUAAAGAUGAAAUCCAAAUCGCUUCUCAAGCACUGGAACUUGUCUUUCUCUUCAAAGAACCGUGAAAAGUGGCCGGCCACUGCAGCACCUUCACCAAAAUCGUCCUUGAGAAAGAAAGCGGAGUCAUGUUUCAAGUGCUUAAAGAGCCGUAAAAAGUGGCCGGCCACUGCACCAUCUUCACCGAAAUCGUCUCGAUCUGCUUCCCUAACAUCUGCUCAGCAAGCAACUCAGCCAACAUCUCAGCCACCGCCUUCUCCACUCACCUCGACAGAUGCCGAAACCUCACCACUGCCGAGUCUACAAGAGCGAAUUUGGAACGAGGCCUACGAUAAGCUCAAAGAGAACGAGCCCAAACUGGUUGGGGUAUACGAGAAGAUCUUAUCAGCUAAGCUACACGGAGACGACCCGAGCUCUGCUACUCGCGAACCAACAGACAACGAGAUAGGAGAGACUCCGAGGACACGAUGUGGCCAAAUGCAACAGCUGGUUCAGGCUGGACUGGACCGGACGCAGAAGCAAGCGUCUAUCAAGCAAGGCAUCGACGAAGGCCUGCAAGCGGUGCAGGAGGUCAGAAGAAUAGUGGACAAGGCGCUGCAUGCCGCUCCGGAAGCUGCUGUCGCCUGGGUCGGCGUCUGCCUCGGACUGGAGAUCCUCUCGAACCCCAUCGCCGAGGCACGCGAUAACCGCAAAGGCAUCGCCUACGUCCUGUCGAGAAUGGAGUGGUACUGGAACUUGGUGUCUCUGCUUCUUGACGAGAACAAGGCCGAGCAAUCAUCUGCGGGGCUGCGAGUCCAACUGGAGAAGCACGUCGUGCAGCUCUACGAGAAGCUCCUUACAUAUCAAAUCAAGAGUGUCUGCCUUUACUACCGGAAUUGGGCUGCCAUCAUCGGAAGGGAUCUGCUCAAAAUCGACGAUUGGGCUGGCAAGCUCAGCGAGAUCAAGGAAACCGAGGCUGCCGUGCAAGGAGAAAUGGAGCAAUACAAUACCGGAGAGAGCAGAAUGCAACUUCGGAAACUCACCGACGCUGCGGGCGCUCUAGAGAUGAAUCUCCAAAACAUUCAUUCGGCCAUCAAAGGCGUACAUUCGGCCAUUGAAACGCAAACGCAACAUCAAGAGAAGCGGCACCAAGACGACGAGGCGAAGCAAUGCCUGAAAGACCUGCGCGAGACUGACCCUCGCGACGACAAAACGCGCAUCCAAGAGACAAAAGGCGGCCUGCUCAGGGACUCUUAUCUUUGGAUCCUCGACAACAACGAAUUCCGGCAGUGGCGUGACAAUCCGCAGAGCCAGUUGCUCUGGAUCAAAGGUGACCCCGGUAAGGGCAAGACGAUGCUGCUAUGUGGUAUCAUCGACGAGCUGGAGAAGGAACCCGGCAAUCACCUGUCCUACUUCUUCUGCCAAGUCACUGAGGCAAGGCUGAGUAACGCGACUGCGGUGCUGCGCGGUCUGAUCUAUCUGCUAGUUGCCCAGCAACCAUCGCUCAUCCUGCAUAUUCGGGAGAAACACGACCAUGAGGGCAAGCAGCUUUUCGAGGACGGGAAUGCCUGGGAAGCCUUAUCCAAGAUCCUCGCAGCCAUGCUUAAUGACCCGAUUUCAGACGGUGCUAUCCUGAUUGUUGAUGCUCUCGAUGAGUGCAAGACAAGCCGCGACCAACUCCUCGAUUUGAUCAUUAAACCGUCUCGAGCCAAAUGGAUCAUAUCUAGCCGCAAUUGGCUGGAUAUUGAGGAGAAACUUGGCCAUGCAAAGCAGAAGGUCAGGCUUCAGCUCGAGCUGAACCAAGACUCCAUCUCCAAGGCUGUCAACACAUACAUUGGAUACAAGGUGGAGAAACUGGCGGGCCUCAAAAACUACGACAAGGAAACAAGGGACGCUGUUCAACGCCAUUUGGUUGGCAAUGCCGAUGGCACCUUUCUCUGGGUAGCCUUGGUUUGUCAAGAACUGGCAUAUCCCAAGGUCCGAAAACGAUAUACGCUGGACAUAUUGAACUCAUUCCCUCCAGGUCUUGAUCCUCUCUAUAAGCGAAUGGUGGAACAUAUCAGCGAUUCGAAAGAUGCAGAUCGUUGCAAGGAUACCCUCGCUCUUGCUUCGGUUGUAUACCGACCCAUCAACUUGGACGAGUUGAAGGCUCUUGCCGAGUCGCUCGACGAUCUUGACCAGGAUGAGUUGGAAGAAAUCAUCAGCUCCUGUGGUUCUUUUCUGACUCUUCGAAAAGGCGUCAUCUACUUUGUGCAUCAAUCAGCCAAAGAUUUCCUGCUCAAGAACGCGUCAAAACAAAUCCUACCUUCUGGCAUUGCGCACCAGCACUAUGCCCUCUUCUCGAGGUCGCUAGGGGUCCUGUCGGAAACUCUUCGACGAAACAUCUACAGUCUCAACACGCCAGGAUUCUCCAUUGAUCAGGUCUCACCGACUAAUCCCGACCCAUUAUCCCCAAUUCGAUAUUCAUGCGUCUACUGGGUUGACCAUCUUCACGACUCAGAUGUCGCAGGGGUCAACGACAUUCUACGGGAUAACGGCAACGUCCAUGUAUUCAUCCAGAAGAAGUACUUGUAUUGGCUGGAAUGUCUUGGUCUGCUACGAAGCAUGUCGGAGGGAAUCAAGGCGGUACACAAGCUCGAGGCUUUAGUGAAAAUCGCGGGAGCGCAGAAACUGACAGAACUACUUCGAGAUGCGCACCGAUUCAUUCUUUCUCAUGCUCGCGCCAUCGAAAUUGCUCCAUUACAGGCUUAUGCGUCCGCACUCGUGUUCAGUCCUGAACGCAGUCUCACCAGAGAGCUCUUUAAGAAGGAGGAGCCGGAUUGGAUGGUGUUGAAGCCAAGAAUGGAGGCAGAUUGGAACGCUUGCCUGCAGACGCUCGAGGGCCAUGGCGAUUGGGUGGCGUCGGUGGUGUUCUCGGCAGAUGACCAGCGUCUUGCAUCUGGCUCAGGUGAUAAGACAGUCAAGAUCUGGGACGCGGCCACGGGUGCAUGCGAGCAGACGCUCGAGGGCCAUGGCGGUUCGGUGUGGUCGGUGGUGUUCUCGGCAGAUGGCCAGCGUCUUGCAUCUGGCUCAAAUGAUAAGACAGUCAAUAUCUGGGAUGCGGCCACGGGCGUAUGCGUGAAGACGCUCGAGGGCCAUGGCCAUUCGGUGACGUCGGUGGUGUUCUCGGCAGAUGGCCAGCGUAUUGCAUCUGGCUCAGAUGAUAAGACAGUCAAGAUCUGGGACGCGGCCACGGGCGCAUGCGAGCAGACGCUUGAGGGCCAUGGCCAUUCGGUGACGUCGGUGGUGUUCUCGGCAGAUGGCCAGCGUAUUGCAUCUGGCUCACGUGAUAAGAUAGUCAAGAUCUGGGGCGCAGCCACGGGCGUAUGCCUGCAGACCCUCGAGGGCCAUGGCGAUUGGGUGGCGUCGGUGGUGUUCUCGGCAGAUGACCAGCGUCUUGCAUCUGGCUCAGGUGAUAAGACAGUCAAGAUCUGGGACGCGGCCACGGGUGCAUGCGAGCAGACGCUCGAGGGCCAUGGCGGUUCGGUGUGGUCGGUGGUGUUCUCGGCAGAUGGCCAGCGUCUUGCAUCUGGCUCAUAUGAUAACACAGUCAAGAUCUGGGACGCAGCCACGGGCGCAUGCAAGCAGACGCUCGAGGGCCAUGGCAAUUGGGUGACGUCGGUGGUGUUCUCGGCAGAUGGCCAGCGUCUUGCAUCUGGCUCAAAUGAUAAGACAGUCAAUAUCUGGGAUGCGGCCACGGGCGUAUGCGUGAAGACGCUCGAGGGCCAUGGCGGUUCGGUGUGGUCGGUGGUGUUCUCGGCAGAUGGCCAGCGUCUUGCAUCUGGCUCAUAUGAUAACACAGUCAAGAUCUGGGACGCAGCCACGGGCGCAUGCAAGCAGACGCUCGAGGGCCAUGGCAAUUGGGUGACGUCGGUGGUGUUCUCGGCAGAUGGCCAGCGUCUUGCAUCUGGCUCAGGUGAUAAGACAGUCAAGAUCUGGGACGCAGCCACGGGCGCAUGCGAGCAGACGCUUAACGUUGGGAGAGUAUUAUAUCACCUUUCAUUUGAUCCAACGUCAAAUGCUCUCCUCUCUACCGAUAUUGGACUUCUAAAUCUGGAUCGCCCGGCUCUGCCGCCUGUCAUAAAUGAUCGGUCGACUAAAAUAACAUUACCACGUGUUAGCCAUUCUGGAUGGGGUAUAAGCGCGGAUGGCGAAUGGAUUGUUGAAGAUGGAAAGAAGAUGCUUUGGCUGCCUCCGGACUAUCGAGGGGGCAUACCCGCUAUUGAUAGAUCAACGGUCGCUAUCGGCUAUCAUUCAGGUCGUGUGUUAGUGUUGAAAUUCUCUUAG